AUGAAUCGAGAACGAGGUUAUAUCGAAAUGCAAAAGAAUUGUGAUUAUUUCAGACAAGAAAUAGAACGAUUAAAAAAUAUUGAACUAACAAAUUUAGAACAAAAUUUGAAGACAAAACAAGAAUUAGAUUUGAUGCAACGUGAAAAGGAGACAUUGGAAGAAUUGAAUUUAGAAUUAUUUCACUAUAAAGUACAAUUUCAGCAACAAUAUGAGUCUGAUAUGGAACCAAAAUUAUCGUCACCGGAGUCGCCGUUACAUCAAUACAUGAACAGGAAGAUGAUCGAUGUAAGUCAUAUAAUUGUAUUGGAGACAAUUUUUGGAAGAAUGUGACUGACGGAGGAACCUUCCGAGGUGAUGAAUCGCUUUUUGAUCGAAAUAUAGUGGGUUAUAGGUUAUCGAUCAUGCUGAUUCCGAAUAUGACCAUGAGGGUUUCACAUAGCCCUUCGAAGAUCCGGCCUUCUGGAAAACCAGUUUUUCAGAAACUCCCUAAAAUAACCAAAGCCUUUCUUAACGAGACAGAAUUGUACAAAUUUCUGAUUAAAAUGAGAUAUCCCCCAGCUCUACAUGACCUUUCUUUGCAAAGUUAUAAAAUUUAUAAGAAAAGCCCUAAUUAAUUUCUUCUUAUUUCUGUAGCUUUGAGCUUUGAGCUGUAUUUGUGCGUUGACAGGCGUAGGAAAACAAAUAAGCAGAUUGCCUCCCAUUCCGAAUUAUAAAUGUUUUUCGCAAAAAGGAACGGAUAGUUUUGGGGGGGGGUUGCUUUCUUGUGCAUGCCAAAAUUAACUGUGUUGUAGUAGAUUCAACAGGAAAUUUCCUUCUGUACACUGCCUGAACAAUUUUGGAUAAAAAACUCUAUAUCGCAAAUGUUUAUGUCCCUCCAAGCUGUAUACCACCGUUCGAAAUGUUUGAAAAACAUAAAGAAAAAAAUAUUUAUGUUUUUGGAGAUUUUAAUUGUAAACAUACAGAUUGGAAUUGUGAAAAGUCUAAUCCUAGUGGAAAUAAACUUCAUUCGUGGUUAGAAGAGAACGGUUUCAUUACUAUUCACUCUACUAUGCAAACAUCAAAAAAGUCAAAGUCAGUCAUUGAUUUCUGCAUUGGAAAAGAUUGUGGAGGUUGGAGUGUAGAAAGGUUAGAGGAAGGAGAUUCUGACCACUUUCCACUCUUGUACUUUAGUCCUUUCGUAGCAGAAGAGAAUGGGUUGUUUAGAAAAACUAAAUGGAAUUUAUUAAUUUUUUUCUUAGUGUGCAUCCACUCUGAAAUUUGUUUGUAUAUAAUAUCGACUACAAUUGCUUUUUUGAACUAUUUUCAAUAUUUCUCGCUGCAUUAUGUGAUCGAUGUAGUGAAUAUGAGUCAAUUAAAAAUUAUAGACCACCUUGGCCACCAUAUUUAGUUAGAAUGGUGAAGGAUGUAAAUAAAGCAAAACGAAGAUUCAGAAGAACUAGAUUUCUAGGAGAUUAUCAUAUUUUUAAACAAAAACAUUCAGAAUACGUUAAAGAAAAGAUU